AUGGCCCACCUUGCCCCCACUGUGGGUCCGCCCCAGGUUGGGAGGAACGUUGCAGCUGGAAUGACUGGUGGCCUUGCCUACAUUCUUGAUGAGGAUGAUACACUUGUCCCAAAGGUUAACAAGGAAAUAGUCAAGAUGCAGAGAGUGAAUGCUCGGAUGCAGCUGAAGGGCUUGAUUGAGGCUUAUGUUGAAAAAACGGGCAGUGAGAAAGGUGCCGCAAUUUUGAGGGAAUGGGAGGCCUAUUUGCCUCUAUUCUGGCAACUGGUACCGCCCAGUGAAGAAGACUCGCCUGAGGCUUGUGCAGAGUUCGAGAGAGUGCUCGCCAAGCAAGCAACCACCCAACUGUCUGCGAAGUGAUCAAAUCAGACAACUGGAAGGUGUUCUCUCUCUGAUACUCCUUGCAAAGUGAUCUUCCUCUGACUGCAUCAACAAAGACGUAACCGGCAUAUGUGAAGCACUGAAGUGUGCUGCUCCGAAGACAGCAAUUUUGUGGAGGCUGAGCCGCUCUGCCCAGGUCAUCUUUUGGAGUUGAGCUCGCAGAACCAUCGAGGGUUCUUCUCGACGCUCUUGUUGCACCUUGGGUAACCCCUGUAAAUUGGUUUGCUGACGCUAGGUUGCAAAGCCCUCUUUGAACUGCUGCAUUCCUGUACAUGAGUCUUGGCUCUCGUCCUGUGUAAUUAUGUUUUGGUUAGCUCGUAAAUUUAUACGCGUAAGAAUGGAGGCAUGCAAGUCGCGUGCUCAAUAGUACAGUACAUAAUAAAUUGUACGG